UAGGGAGGAAGGAAUCCACCCCCCACCCCCCCACCCCCCAAACCCUUUUCUUCUUCCCUGAGAUCGGACGUUGGAGCACUAAAUGAACUUGAAUCGUGUCUGUGGCGAGCAGGAUGGUUGCCGUUACUCUGUGAUGCGAUCGGGGAUGAAUUGCUCGCUUUAAAAAUGCUGCUUUGGAUUUUGUUGCUGGAGACGUCUCUUUGUUUUGCCGCUGGAAACGUGACAGGGGACGUUUGCAAAGAGAAGAUCUGUUCUUGCAAUGAGAUAGAAGGGGACCUACACGUAGACUGUGAGAAGAAAGGCUUUGCAAGUCUGCAGCGUUUCACCGCCCCGACCUCUCAGUUCUACCAUUUAUUUCUGCACGGCAAUUCCCUCACUCGACUUUUCCCCAAUGAGUUCGCUAACUUUUACAAUGCGGUUAGUUUGCAUAUGGAAAACAAUGGCUUGCAUGAAAUCGUUCCGGGGGCUUUUCUGGGGCUGCAGCUAGUGAAGAGGCUGCAUAUCAAUAAUAACAAGAUCAAGUCUUUUCGAAAGCAGACUUUUUUGGGGCUGGACGAUCUGGAAUACCUCCAGGCGGAUUUUAAUUUAUUAAGGGAUAUAGACCCAGGGGCUUUCCAGGACUUAAACAAGCUGGAGGUUCUCAUUUUAAAUGACAACCUCAUCAGCACCUUGCCUGCCAAUGUGUUCCAAUAUGUGCCCAUCACCCACCUCGACCUCCGGGGAAAUCGGCUGAAAACGCUGCCCUAUGAGGAGGUCUUGGAGCAGAUCCCGGGCAUCGCCGAGAUCCUGCUAGAGGAUAACCCUUGGGACUGCACCUGCGAUCUGCUCUCCCUGAAAGAAUGGCUGGAGAACAUUCCCAAAAACGCUCUGAUCGGCCGAGUGGUCUGCGAAGCCCCCACCAGACUGCAGGGGAAAGACCUCAAUGAAACUACUGAGCAGGACUUGUGUCCUUUGAAAAACCGAGUGGAUUCUAGUCUGCCGGCGCCCCCUGCCCAAGAAGAGGCCUUCGCUGCUCCUGGUCCCCUGCCAACUCCUUUCAAGACAAAUGGAGCCGAGGACCACGCCACCCCAGGGGCUGCUCCAAAUGGAGGUACAAAGAUUCCUGGCAACUGGCAGAUCAAGCCCACCGCCCCAAUCGCCACCGGUGGCGCCCGAAACAAACCCUCAGGCAAUGCCCUGCCCUGCCCGGGGGGCUGCAGCUGCGACCACAUCCCCGGGGCGGGCUUAAAGAUGAACUGCAACAACCGGAACGUGAGCAGUUUGGCUGAUUUGAAGCCUAAACUCUCCAACGUGCAAGAGCUCUUCCUGCGCGACAAUAAGAUCCACAGCAUUCGCAAAUCCCACUUUGUGGAUUACAAGAACCUCAUUCUGUUAGAUCUGGGCAACAAUAACAUCGCCAGCGUGGAGAACAACACUUUCAAGAACCUUCUGGAUCUCAGGUGGCUCUACAUGGAUAGUAACUACCUAGACACGCUGUCCCGGGAGAAAUUCGCCGGAUUGCAGAAUCUAGAAUAUUUGAACGUGGAAUACAACGCGAUCCAGCUCAUCCUCCCCGGCACUUUCCACGCUAUGCCCAAACUGAGGAUCCUCAUUCUCAACAACAACUUGCUGCGCUCCCUUCCGGUGGACGUGUUCGCGGGGGUCUCGCUUUCCAAGCUCAGCCUGCACAACAAUUACUUCAUGUACCUCCCGGUGGCAGGGGUGCUGGACCAGUUAACCUCCAUCAUUCAGAUCGACCUACACGGAAACCCCUGGGAGUGCGCCUGCACCAUUGUGCCUUUCAAACAAUGGGCAGAACGCCUGGGCUCCGAAGUGCUGAUGAGCGACCUCAAGUGCGAGACGCCCGUGAACUUCUUCAGGAAGGAUUUCAUGCUCCUCUCCAAUGACGAGAUCUGCCCCCAGCUGUACGCCAGGAUCUCGCCCACGUUAACUUCGCACAGUAAAAACAGCACCGGGUUGGCGGAGACCGGGACGCAUUCCAACUCCUACCUAGACACCAGCAGGGUGUCCAUCUCCGUGUUGGUCCCGGGACUGCUGCUGGUAUUUGUCACCUCCGCCUUCACCGUGGUGGGCAUGCUCGUGUUUAUCCUGAGGAACCGGAAGCGCUCCAAGAGAAGGGACGCCAACUCCUCAGCGUCCGAAAUCAAUUCCCUCCAGACCGUGUGUGACUCUUCCUACUGGCACAAUGGGCCUUACAACGCUGAUGGAGGCCACCGGGUGUAUGACUGUGGCUCUCAUUCGCUCUCAGACUAAAAUCCCCAGCCCCACGUGGGGAGGGGGGAGGGAAGCCUGGAGAUGUCCACCCUCCCCACCACCACCACUGCUGCCAGCAUCUCAGGAGGUAGCAGAGCAUUGACCCAAAUCUAGGGUGCCCCAAGCCUCGAUGAGCCUAAGCGAACGAUUAGGAACUCACUCAGCUGAGCGGCCUUGACCCUUUCGCUCCCCCGUCGAGACAAACAAGAAAGCAAGCAGACUGUGCAGAGCUGGGAGAACUGAACUAGCUUGCUCUUUUAGCUCUGAGCUCCUUUUUGAAUGCAAGCCCACCCAGCUGCAGGGUGCUACAAGAAGAAUGGGGUGCCCCGCCCCUGGCCUAAGGACCUGUGGGGUGACUUGCCAUGGUCCUAUACAUAUAUACAUAUAUUCUCCACGUCUAUAUAGAGAGAUCAAUAUCUAUUUUUCCCCCCUUGUGGAUAGCCCGUCCGAUGGCUCCCUGUUGACUAUGCAGGGUUGGGCAGUUGCACGAAGGCAUGAAUGUAUUGUAUAUAGAGAACUUUGACU